CGGUUCUGGUCUCUCUAUAUAACCGGCCGGCGAACUGCGAACAUCUCCUCCGUUCUCUCCGCAACACCGAGACACGUAACCGACCGAACAAAGCGCAGAACAUGCCGGGAUUCAACGACCGAGGCCGCGGAUUUGGAGGAGCACCCAGAUUCGGAGGAAACAGAAAUGGUGGGUCAUCUGGAAAGUAUGGAAAUCCGGGUGAGCGGCUCAUCAAGAAGAAAUGGAAUUUGGAGACAUUACCAAAAUUUGAGAAGAACUUCUACCAAGAGCACCCCGACUUAGUUCGGCGCACACCGCAAGAAAUUCAAGAAUUCAGAAGAAGCAAAGAGAUCACCGUCAGAGGCCUCCUCUGCCCCAAGCCUAUAUUUUCUUUCCAUGAAGCAAGCUUCCCUGAUAACCUCAUGGGAGUGAUUAGGCACCAGAAUUUCACUGACCCCACACCUAUCCAGAGCCAGGGCUGGCCGGUUGCCCUGAGUGGACUGGACAUGGUUGGCGUCGCCAUGACUGGAUCUGGAAAAACACUUUCGUACCUACUUCCUGGAAUCGUCCACAUCAAUCACCAACCAUUCCUACAGAGAGGAGAUGGGCCAAUUCUCCUGGUGCUGGCACCGACCCGAGAGCUGGCACAACAAGUGCAGCAAGUAGCAGCAGAGUAUGGCAGGGCUUGCCGUUUAAGGUCUACCUGUAUUUAUGGAGGAGCACCCAAAGGACCACAGCUCCGUGACUUAGAAAGAGGUGUUGAAAUUUGCAUUGCGACACCGGGCCGACUGAUCGACUUCCUGGAGGCCGGGAAGACCAACCUGGACAGAUGUACAUACCUGGUACUCGAUGAAGCAGACAGAAUGCUGGAUAUGGGUUUUGAGCCCCAGAUCAGGAAGAUUGUGGAUCAGAUCAGACCUGACAGACAGACCCUUAUGUGGAGUGCCACCUGGCCCAGAGAAGUCAGGCAGCUUGCAGAAGACUUCUUAAAGGACUACGUGCACAUUAAUAUCGGUGCCCUGGAGCUGAGUGCCAACCACAACAUUCUGCAGAUUGUAGAUGUCUGCAACGAUGGAGAAAAGGAUGACAAGCUUGUCCGUCUGAUGGAGGAAAUCAUGAGUGAAAAGGAAAAUAAAACCAUUGUGUUCGUAGAGACAAAGAGGCGAUGUGAUGACCUCACAAGGAGAUUACGCAGAGAUGGGUGGCCCGCAAUGGGGAUACAUGGUGACAAAAGCCAGCAGGAGAGAGACUGGGUAUUAAAUGAGUUCAAGCAUGGCAAGUCACCAAUCCUCAUUGCCACAGACGUGGCGUCCCGCGGUCUAGAUGUGGAAGACGUUAAAUUUGUCAUCAACUACGACUAUCCAAACUCCUCCGAGGAUUACAUCCACCGUAUCGGCCGUACGGCCCGCAGCACCAACACAGGCACCGCCUACACCUUCUUCACGCCCAACAACGCCAAACAAGUCAACGACUUGAUCUCCGUGCUGAGGGAGGCCAACCAGACAAUCAAUCCCAAGCUUCUCUCAAUGUUUGAAGACAGAGGAGGACGCUUCAGAGGCCGCGGAGGAUUUAACGACCGUCGUGACAGGUUCUCUUCAGGCAAGCGGGGCGGGUGGGACCGGGAUAACAGAGGGUUUGGUGCUAAGAGAGACUUUGGAAACAAGCCCCAGAACGGAUUUGGUGGGGGUUCAUACGGAAACAGUAACUCCUACAGCAACGGCUACGGAAUGCAAGGCAACCAAGGAGGGUAUCGGGGAGGCGCACAGAACGGCUCCUACCAGAGCUACAAUGCCGGACAACAAUACACCGCACCCGUACCUAACGGCGGGAUCGCACAACAAGCAUACACAGCCUACCCAAUCGCCGCUGCCCCCACAACAACUCCUGCCCUGAUAGGUUAUCCUGUGCCGGCAGCCUACACACAAUAAAAGAACGCACAGUUUAGUGUCUUUAAUUUUAUUUUCUCAUGUUUGCUCUUUAUAUUGUGUUUAAAAAGGAACAGGAUAGCUAUUUAAAAGUCUCUACAGGAGAGAGUUAAUGUCCGCUGCGUGGCAGCGACUGUAGUGCACUUUUUUUUUUUCACUAUUUAAGUUUGACUGUUUUUCUCGACAUUCCGGAAGAUGUUUUUAGUUUUUUUUUGUACUAGAAAAUGCAGCCAGUGUUUCAAAAGUCUAUUGUACAGUGAUUUCCAGUACUGUAAUGGGGGCAGUGCAUGGCCUUCAAUAAAGAUCAUUUAACUCAU